AUGGAUAAUGGGAUCACAAGGUCACUAGAGAAGUCGUCGAAGAUCCAAAAAUUUUAUGGAACUGGAGAUUCAGACGGACAAUCAGAUGACCUUCUAGACUGCUAUCGCAACCAUAGGGUCCUAAAAUGCAAGCUUUUAUCAUUAACUUUGACUGGAUCAACGAUGACUUGGUUCAAAUACCUUCCUGAUGGAGAACAUAUAUUCUUGGACCGGUCUAUGCAAAACUUUCACCGUUCAAAAGAGAAAACCCACAAUCAUGAUUGUUCUCAGUGGGAUCACAUAAGGGAUGAAGAUUCUUUGCUCACUGAUUCCAAAGAUAUUGAUGACCAUGCUGUUAAGUACUUCGAAACUCUUUUUUCCUCUAAUGUAUCUGUUUUGCAAGAUUUUGCCUUGGAUGACGACACAAUUUCCCCUUUGGCAAAAAUCAUGCAUUUUCUUAUUUCGAAUGAGAAACGCGGUUUUAUUCAUGGGAGGCACAUUCAUGGCUGUAUCGAGCUGGCAUCUGAGGCUUUUAAUCUUCUGGAUUCUAAGGCGUGGUGUGGUAACGCGACUCUUAAAUUGGACAUUACUAAGGCGUUUGAUAUUCUCAGUUGGGAUUUCUUGUUGAAAGUACUCCAUAAAUUUGGCUUCAACGAUAAGUUUUGCUUAUGGAUCAAUAAUCUUUUUCAUUCUAUGCAUAUGUCUGUUAAUGUUAAUGGUGCUCUUCAUGGAUAUUUCUCUUGUUCGUGUGGGGUCCGACAAGGGGAUCCUCUUUCCCUCCCCCUUUGUUUUUUCCUCGCGGAAGAGGUUCUUAGUCGUAAGCUUCUCCAACUUGCUUUUACUAAGAAGCUGGGUCCGAUUCAGGGCCCCAACAACAUUUCGGUUCCUUCGAACAUUUUGUAUGUUGACGAUGUAUUCAUAUUCUGCAAAGGUAAAAUAUCUAAUAUAAAAAUUCUCAUCUCCACUUUUGAGGAAUAUGCAAAAGUUUCGGGGCAAAUGGUUAAUUGCGACAAGUCUUUCAUUUUUGGUGGUGGAAUGUCAUCCUCUAGGUUGAAUAUUCUGGUAGAGAUAUCAGGUUUUAAAAAAGGAUUUGGUCAAUUUGUGUAUCUCGAUGUCCCUAUCUUUAAAGGCAAACUGAAGGUAGUUCAUUUGCGGACUAUUGUCGAUAAAGUCACCAAUAUGCUAGCUUCUUGGAGAGGAUAUUUAUUGUCUUUUUAUGGUAGGGUGGAGCUUGUAAAGUCUGUCGUCUCUAGUAUGUUUGUUCAUAGUAUGGUUAUUUAUGAUUGGACGAUCUCGCACAUUCGUGACAUUGAGCGUGCGAUGAAGCGUUUCAUAUGGAGUGGGGAAACCACAAAGAAUAAAGUGAUUAAUGUGGUGUGGAAGAAAAUAUGUUAUCCUUUAGAUGAAGGGGGUCUCAGAAUCCGAUCUCUCAUCAAGGUAAAUGAAGCAUACAAUCUCAAACUUGCCUGGGAUUUGCAUAAUUCUCCUGAGCCUUGGGCAACACUUCUUAGGCACAGAGUUUUGAGGAAACGUAAAAUCAUCAAGCACCAUAUUUAUUCUUCCCUCUAG